GAUUUGUUUGUUGAUCCAACAUGGAGAACGCUUACCGGUGUUUAGUAGGACCUCGUCUCUAUCGUAUCCAUAGACAGGAUGGAGUUGAGGGACAGCAGUAUAUAGCUAAUGUGAUAGAAUCAGGGUCUGAUCGAUGUCUAAAAGUGCUACAGUUUUGCUCUUCAUUGUCUUGCUGGUUUUCUCCAAUACUUCUUCCAAUCCUCUACAGAAAAGGUUUAUUUACCGUGGUUGGAUUAACAACAGCAUCUAAGUUUAUGCUGUCAUUGUCACUGUUUUAUGUUACCGCAUAUUUUGUUAGAGGUAUUGGUAGAUUUACUAAUGGUGAUUAUGCCAGGUUUAUAAGUAUUCUAACUGAAGCUCAAAGAUCAUUAUCACAAGAAAAUAAGAAGUUAUUACGUAGAUAUGAUUGUGAAUUGUCAGCUUGGCCAGUUGAUUUUAGAUGGGAUGAUGGCAGUUCAAGAGAUGAAAAGAAGAAAACUACUGGAAGUAAAAUACAAGUUCCACACACUCCAUUUACCUUUAAAACCAUACCUUAUCACAUACUCAGUUACAUUGCCAUUCAUACAUUUGGUAGAAGAAUGGUUUAUCCUGGAACUACAGCACUUAUGUCGACAUUAGUUGGUGAUACCAUAAAACAAGCUAGAGCUAAAUUAGUAGAAGAAAAAAAUGGUGAAAGAGCUAAGCUACUAACAGAAGAUGAUAAUAUUAUUGAUAGUAUGUUUCUAGAUAGAAGACAAAAUGGUGGCAAUGGUAAAACAUUGGUAGUUUGUUUUGAAGGAAAUGCUGGUUUUUAUGAAAUAGGUUGUAUUGGUACACCCACAGAAUUAGGCUUUUCUGUAUUAGGUUGGAAUCAUCCUGGCUAUGGGGAAAGUACGGGAGUACCAUUUCCAGAUCAAGAACAAAAUGCUGUUGACACAGUUAUGCAAUAUGCUAUACACAAACUAGGAUUUAUACCAGAAAACAUCUGUUUAUUUGCCUGGUCUAUUGGAGGCUACAGUGCAUCCUGGGCAGCAAUGCAAUAUCCAGAUGUCAAACAAGUAAUUUUAGAUGCUACCUUUGAUGAUAUAGUUCCAUUAGCAACAUCCAAGAUGCCAGGGGCAUGGAAGAAUUUGGUGAGCUUCACAUUACGAAAGUAUAUGAAUCUAAAUGUUUCAGAACUGUUAAAUGAGUAUCUUGGACCAAUACUGAUAAUACGUAGAUCUAAAGAUGAAAUCAUAACUACAGAUGUUACACCAGGAUAUCCACCAAAUAUUAGUACUAACAGAGGAAACUUCUUGUUACAGAACUUGUUGAAAAAACGAUAUCCUAAUUUGGUAAAUGAAGCAGCAUCAACUUUAUUAGAUGAAUGGCUGGCUGGAGAAAGUUCCCAUCAAGAGAUAAUGUUUAUGACACAUAAGGUUGAUAGUAAUUAUUGUAAAAGUGUUUUAGAACAGUAUUCGUCUACCUAUCCUAUUAAUAUAGGAGAGAAUUUAAAUCAAGAUCAGAAAAACCAGUUAGUGUUGUAUCUGGCAUCAAAAUACAUGCAGGAUUUUGAUUCAACACAUUGCACACCAUUGCCACCAUUAUACUUCCGUACACCAUGGACACAUAGCCAAUUAUAAUUACUAUGAUUAUAUUCCACAGGUGUUUUCAUUUUAAAAAAUAAGUUUCUAUCUAAUGACUGUUGUUUUGUUUAAAAAGUUUUAUAUCAUCAAUGAAUUAAAAUCAAAUGAAAUUAAUUUAAAUUGCAUAUAACCCUGUAUAUUCAAGAGAAAAAAGUAAUAAUUUUAGAGAACCUGUUUGGUGCAGAAAAAAAAAGUUUAUGUAUUUGUUAGAGUUUAAUCACAUGAAAGAGUACUCGAAUCAACACACACAAAUUGAAAUAGAUAGUUUUAGUGUAGAAUUAUAAAUAAAUUAACUAAUAGUUUGUGUGAAUGUUUUGUUUGUAAUUUAAUGUAUUUUGUUUAACUGUGGAAUAUUGAUUUUAUAUAAACAUCACAGAUCUCAAUUAUUUAUUGAAUGAGUUACAAACUCUUAGUUUAAUGUUAUGUUAUAGAAUCAUGAAUAAUCAUUCUUUUACUGUUGAUAUAGAAUAAUGAAUAAUCAUUCUUUUACUAGUUUGAUAGAAUCAUAAAUUAAAUAUGGAAUCAUGAAUAAUCUGUUUUUGAAAUAGAAUUAUAGAUAAUCAUGUUUUUACUGAUUUGGAACUUGUUUUGGAAAACUGAUUUGUCUGUGAUAUCACCUUGUGUUGAAGAGGAUCUUAAACCAUAAAUAAUAGUUAAUUUAAGAGUUAGAACAAGAGGGAUUAUUUAUUAUUCCCUGCCUUUUGAAGAAAGCAUGGGACUAUUAAAAUGGGUCUGUCACACAUUUGGGGACAUAAUAACUCUCCUAAAUAUUUUGGAAUUUCGGCGGGGGACAUCAGCCUUACUGUUGGGUUGUUUGUUUUAUAUAUUGUAUGUAAAUUUGUACAUUAUUGUCAUUAUUUUAUUAGUUUAUUAAUAAUGUUUUACACUAUUUUGGUAAUGUAAGGUUGGGAAUCAAAUGUUUACUCAGCAUUUAACAUAAUUCAGUUAAUCUCACAAUGUCAGUGUAUUAAUAAUAAUAAUAAUAAAUGUCCAUAAGCAUGUUCAAAGCGCUGACAUUUGUCCAAUACCAUGACUGCAUUAACAGAUUUUUGAGGGCUUAACCAAUUAUAUGCCACUAUUUAACUUGAUUCAUAUCUGUAGAAGCCGAUGUUAAACAACAUAUAGUCUGUCAGUCAGUUAUUUAAUAAUAUAUCAGUAUAGGUAUAAGCAUAGGCGUACUAUCUGGGGGGGGGGGGGGGCUGCCCCCCCCCCCCAUUUUGGGCACCAAAUGCUGGGAAAAUUUGGGCACACAAUUGUACUUUGUAAAAGUUGUAUAAAAAAAUAUUGUGUUCUUGAAUGCAUCCAAUUUAACAGCGAAUUUAAAUUCAGAGUGUCUAUAGUUAGGCAAUUAAAUAGAAAUCUUAAGACUCAAACCCUCUAUUGUUUUGAGUACAGUAAGCCACGAAUUACAGUUACAUAAACAACUGUUUUUAGUUGUGUAUAUUACAAGUAAAUAAAAUUUAGUUCUCUUUUAUUGAUGAUUUAGAAAUUAAGAACUUAUUCAUCGCAAAAGAGAUAUUAUGAUUAUUAUGUAACAUACUAAGAACCUAACAACAUUUUUGGGGCACCAACCACCACCGGCCCCCCCCCCCCCCCAGUCAAAAAAUUCCCCGUACGCCUAUGGGUAUAAGAGCUGUGCUUGUUACCAAAUUACUAUAUUUAAGAGAACUUGUGUGAUAUAACACAAAGAAUACAAAGUAUGACGCUCUGUUGAAAGCAAUUAUGGAUGAGGAAAAAAUAUAGUUCGGAAGAUCUUAAAUAUAGCAUUGACUGUCUAGAUAUAGAGCUUGUAGAAGAUUGUAUUCUUAUAACAGAAUAUAAAUGACCUACAUGAAUAUUUGUUAUGUAUAGAUUCUGAAUUAAAAGAUUUUUUAAGUAAAGAGUU